AUGAAUGCUGCUGUCAGGGCUGUGACGCGCAUGGGCAUUUACGUGGGCGCCAAAGUCUUCCUCAUCUAUGAGGGCUACGAGGGCCUCGUGGAAGGAGGGGAGAACAUCAAGCAGGCCAACUGGCUCAGCGUCUCCAACAUCAUCCAGCUGGGCGGCACUGUCAUCGGCAGCGCCCGCUGCAAAGCCUUCAUGACGCGGGAGGGACGCCUGGCGGCGGCCUACAACCUGGUCCAGCGUGGCAUCACCAACCUGUGCGUCAUCGGUGGGGACGGCAGCCUCACGGGCGCCAACAUCUUCCGCAGCGAGUGGGGCAGCCUGCUCGAGGAGCUGGUGGGGGAAGGGAAGAUCUCGGAGACCACGGCUGAGACCUACUCCCACCUGAACAUCGCCGGGCUGGUGGGCUCCAUCGACAACGACUUCUGCGGCACCGACAUGACCAUCGGCACGGACUCGGCCCUGCACCGCAUCAUGGAGGUCAUCGACGCCAUCACCACCACCGCCCAGAGCCACCAGAGGACCUUCGUGCUGGAGGUGAUGGGCCGGCACUGCGGGUACCUGGCGCUGGUGUCUGCGCUGGCCUCGGGGGCCGACUGGCUGUUCAUCCCCGAGGCGCCGCCCGAGGACGGCUGGGAGAACUUCAUGUGCGAGAGGCUCGGGGAGACUCGGAGCCGAGGGUCCCGACUGAACAUCAUCAUCAUUGCUGAGGGCGCCAUCGACCGCAACGGGAAGCCCAUCUCCUCCAGCUACGUGAAGGACCUGGUGGUGCAGAGGCUGGGCUACGACACGCGUGUGACUGUGCUGGGCCACGUGCAGAGAGGGGGGACCCCCUCGGCCUUCGACCGAGUCCUGGUAGGUGGGUCCCCGUGCACGCGAUGGGGCCCGGCCCCUCCUCCUCCCCGCGAGUGUGGGAAACUCAGACCUGGGGCUGUGGGAGGCCCCACCCUGUGCCUCCUGGCCAGCCCCAGCCCAGGCUGCGGCAGUCAGCGCUGCAGACGGACCCUCCCGGUGGCCAUCCUGCGCCGCAGGGCUGCGCGUGGCACGACCGGCUUCCUUUCCAGGAGCUUCGAGAACAACUGGAACAUUUACAAGCUCCUCGCCCACCAGAAGGUGUCCAAGGAGAAGACCAACUUCUCCCUGGCCAUCCUGAACGUGGGCGCCCCAGCGGCCGGCAUGAACGCGGCCGUGCGCUCGGCGGUGCGGACCGGCAUUUCCCAGGGCCACACGGUGUACGUCGUGCACGACGGCUUUGAAGGCCUGGCCAAGGGUCAGGUGCAGGAAGUGGGCUGGCACCAUGUGGCUGGCUGGCUGGGGCGUGGCGGCUCCAUGCUGGGGACCAAGAGGACGCUGCCCAAGGGCCACAUGGAGUCAAUCGUGGAGAACAUCCGCACCUACAACAUCCACGCCCUGCUGGUCAUCGGCGGGUUUGAGGCCUACGAGGGGGUGCUGCAGCUGGUGGAGGCACGCGGGCGCUACGAGGAGCUGUGCAUCGUCAUGUGCGUCAUCCCGGCCACCAUCAGCAAUAACGUGCCCGGCACCGACUUCAGCCUGGGCACCGACACCGCCGUCAACGCCGCCAUGGAGAGCUGUGACCGCAUCAAGCAGUCGGCCUCGGGGACCAAGCGCCGCGUGUUCAUCGUGGAGACCAUGGGGGGCUACUGCGGCUACCUGGCCACCGUGGCGGGCAUCGCCGUGGGGGCUGACGCCGCCUAUGUCUUCGAGGACCCUUUCAACAUCCACGACUUAAAGACCAACGUGGAGCACAUGACGGAGAAGAUGAAGACGGACAUUCAGAGGGGCCUGGUGCUCCGGAACGAGAAGUGCCACGAGCACUACACCACGGACUUCCUGUACAACCUGUACUCGUCGGAGGGCAAGGGCGUCUUCGACUGCAGGACCAACGUGCUGGGCCACCUGCAGCAGGGCGGGGCUCCAACCCCCUUUGACCGGAACUACGGCACCAAGUUGGGGGUGAAGGCCAUGCUCUGGAUGUCGGAGAAGCUGCAGGCGGUCUACCGCAAGGGGCGGGUGUUUGCCAACUCCCCCGACUCGGCCUGUGUGAUCGGCCUGCAGAAGAAGGCCGUGGCCUUCAGCCCUGUCAUGGAGCUCAAGAAUGACACCGACUUCGAGCACCGCAUGCCGCGGGAGCAGUGGUGGCUGAGCCUGCGGCUCAUGCUGAAGAUGCUGGCGCACUACCGCAUCAGCCUGGCCGACUACGUGUCCGGGGAGCUGGAGCACGUCACCCGCCGCACCCUGAGCAUCGAGAAGGGCUUCUGAGGCCGUGGGCCGUGCCCUCACCCCGCACCCACCACCUCUGGCCUGCCCCGUCUCCCCGUCCCUGGCACGGACGCCACCCGCCAGACCUCCCGGGCCUGCUAUUGUGAGACCAGCCUGCCACCUCCUCCAGGACAGAGCCCCGGCGGCACCCACCUUCCUGCCCGGGGGACGUGGGCUAUCGGUGCUUGGACGCCGCUGCCCGCAGCCUUGGCACCCCGUGGGGGCCUCAGCCUCCCCCCACACCAGCGGCCCCACCCUCACUGGCCCACGGGCUGCCAGUGCCCAGGUCUGCACGCUGAGAAGGGGCCAUGUCCCCCAGUCCUCACUGUGACCUGCUCCCGCCACCACUGCCACCGGGUUGAGCAGUGUUUGUCACCUUUUCUAGAAUAAACACCCUGAC